UUGCGGAACUCCAGCAAUGGUGAUAAAAUCUUAAAGAGGAAACAGAAUGGCAGCCACUGUCUCCCCGUUUUCCAUUUACGGACCCAAAUCCCUUUUGCUUCUUCCUUCUUCUUCUUCAAUCGAUUCGUGCCGGCUACUACCCCUCCACCGCCUUCGAUUUCGGACUCAAUGUGGCAUUGCCACUUCCUACUCUCCCGUUCUAUUGCCAUUGAAGAGGUUUUCGAGAAUCAAGAGGAUUAGGUCCGUCGCGGAGGAGGAAACCUUAGUUCCAGAAGGCGAUGGUGGCGCCGUGGCCACGGAGGAAGCAGCAGGAGAGGAUGCAUCUUCUUCGCCCCCGGUCACCGCUGACCAGACCGUUUCAGUUCCUGUGUCUGCUUCCGACGUUCUCACCAUGUUCUUCCAUGCCGAAGGAACCAUGAGUGACGCAGCCAUUCCGAAAGUGACCAAGGCUUUAGAGGAAACAGAAGGUAUAACUGAUCUCAAAGUUCGAGUUCUUGAAGGCUUGGCGAGUGUAGAUUUAACAAAGCAAACAACAAUACAAGCUACAGGGGUGGCUUCAAGUUUGGUUGAGAUUAUACAAGGUUCAGGCUUCAAGUUGCAAACGUUGAAUUUGAGCUUUCAGGAUGAAGAAGAUCUUAUAUAGACCUUAUGACUCCUGACAAAAUGAAAUUCUACUUGAUAGAAAGAAACAUGAGAUGAUGCAACAAGAAUACGCCCUUUGUCAUUGCCGAUUGCUUAACAGGCCGUUGUUGUUGUUGUAUCAUAUUUGAUAAGAUGCAUUUCCUGUAUUUUGUUUUCCGGUUGCGUAGGUGUCUUGUUGAAACACUAUUUUGCUCAAGGAAAACAGAAAGAUAGUUUCCUACUUGUCUUCUGUUGUA